GCCGAAGUAACUGAGUAACUUUAUUCAGCUCUACGCUGCGUGCCCUUGUGACAGUUUCAGCAGUUGUGCGACAGUAGGGACGGUGUGGUGGUCUGGAUCUGGGUGGAGUUAAGGAUCCGUGUCACACACACUGACAACUGGGAAACACACACACAACAAACAGGUGUCUUCCUCCUCGUUCAGACGCACAGUCACACUUUCGGGGGGCCUCCUGUCCGCACACUGAACGCUCCUCUUUCCUUUAUCUAACUUUUAAAACUCCCCGGAAAUCAUUUUGAAACACAGCUUCCACAUAAUGCACGCGGCACAGAAAGACACCACCUUCACCAAGAUCUUUGUGGGAGGUCUUCCUUAUCACACAACCGACUCAAGUCUGAGAAAAUACUUCGAGGUGUUUGGCGACAUCGAAGAGGCCGUCGUUAUCACUGACCGGCAGACGGGCAAAUCCAGAGGUUAUGGAUUCGUGACCAUGGCAGACCGGGCCUCUGCCGACCGAGCCUGCAAGGACCCCAACCCCAUAAUAGAUGGAAGGAAAGCCAAUGUGAACCUGGCGUAUCUUGGGGCCAAACCCAGGGUCAUUCAGCCAGGCUUUGCAUUUGGUGUGCCUCAGAUUCAUCCAGCAUUCAUCCAGAGACCUUACGGGAUCCCAGCUCAUUAUGUCUUCCCUCAAGCCUUUGUCCAACCCAGCGUGGUGAUCCCUCAUGUACAACCGUCUGCGGCUACAGCAACAGCUGCUGCUGCCACUUCCCCAUACCUUGACUAUACUGGAGCAGCUUAUGCCCAGUACUCCGCAGCUGCUGCGACUGCUGCUGCUGCAGCUGCUGCCUAUGAGCAGUAUCCGUACGCAGCUUCACCAGCACCGACGAGCUACAUGACUACAGCGGGGUAUGGGUACACUGUCCAGCAGCCGCUCGCCACCGCUGCCACCCCAGGAGCAGCUGCUGCUGCUGCGGCCUUCAGUCAGUACCAGCCUCAGCAGCUCCAGACAGAUCGCAUGCAGUAAAACUUUUAAGACUACCUUACAGAGAGGAAAGAAGGGGAGGUGAGCUCUUCCCAUGAAGAAGGUGAAGUUAGGAGAUGCAGACAGAUUGAGGCUGACAAAAAAAAAAAAAGGUUGUCACUUCCAGGUUUUAACUUAGCAGAACCUCUAGCAAAGAGCGAGAAGACAAUGUUGAGACAAGUGAGGAAUGUAUAUUUUAUUCAAGUGAGAUCAGUAUUGGAUAUAAAUGAAUAUUUAAUAUUUAUUCAGCAGUAAGAAAUUUGUCAGGUUAACUGAAGUUGACUCACUGGACAUCAAGACAACUGUUGCUGAGUUUUGUAUAUAUGUUGCAGUGGUAAGUCCAAAGUGCAUUCAUGUCUUAUGAUCAGAUUUCUUCCACGCUAAUUUAAAAAUCAGCGAUAACACCUGGCGACAGUAUGUUACACCAUCAUGCAGUUCUCAGUAUUGAAAUAGUUUCGGACCAUUUUUUUUCUUUUUGUUUCACAAAGCUAUCCAAGCACUGAUGGAAACGUCAGUGUUUAUUAAGACUUUUUUAUAUAUAUAUACAUAUAUAUUAUUGUUUGGAGUGAGGUAGAUUAGAGACCCUUGGGAAAAGAAAUCCCUUUUAAAAAGUAUUUUUUUCUGCGGUACAUAAGACAAAAUGCUCUGGUGACAGCUGAAACUGGUAAAAGCACUCGCGCAUCUUCCCUUUUAAUUACUCGAGUAUCUUCAGCUAAAGGGAAGAAACACUGUUGAAUGUGAAUCUUUCAUUUUGAUAAAAUGUUUCAUCGUGUGUUUAAAUUAUGCUAUUUAUGUAUUUAUUAUGGAGCCUUACAGCAAUAAACCCUUUGUUUUCAUAUGUUAGUAUAAAAGUCUACUGUGGAACAUGUCCAUGUGUGCUGCUGCAUUUCUCAUGAUCAAGAGCAUAUGAUGGAUGUGAACGCUCGGCUUUGCAAAGCUCUGUCGUCUGUAUAAAGAACAAAUGAUGAGUGGAAAGGUAGCAGUAACUUUAAAGUGUUUCUUUUUUUCUAUACUGUUCUGUUGUUUUUAUGUUGUCUAAUAGAUUAAUAGCUCUUUAAUGUCACUUUUGAUACUUGACUAAUUUGAUAACUUGACAGGCUGUUUUUAAAAUUGAUCACAUUUUAUGUCUUUUGACAUUAAAGGUUUUCUGAUGCAAGAGCAACAGCCAUUGACCUUGUAAUGCAUGACUCAACUAUACAGAUUUUAUUUGGGGAAAUAAAUCAAAAUUUACCUUCAA